GACACCGAAUAGUCAGUCAAGCUAAUCAGAGAUAAGGGGUACAGUCUGUGGUGAACAUUAACUUACAACCUUCCCAUUACUUCAUCUGUGGUUGCAGUAUUUUCUCUUCACUUUCACAAAUCUACUAGAACGUUGACUACUGCCCCGAGCAAACAGGAUCUCAUUGAAGACUGCGAUAGACUUAUCAUAGUGAUGAUGAGAAUUCCACCCUAUUCACCGUAGGCACUCAAACAGCAUGGAAGUUGUGAUGUCGCAAAAUUUUGGUAACCAUAUAUUGAAUGGGUGGGGGUACUAGAACUAUGGACCGUGUGGACCAUCCACUGCUAGGUGCUUAGGCUGUCUCCCAGACUGGCGGUACUGAUUUAAAAUACAAUACGCCUAUCUACCAUUCUCUUUGUCGUGGAAGUUUAUGAUUCCUAAGAAAAUUUGGUAUUUGACAAUGUGAUUUUAACGCUUUUUUUUUUAUUGUUUAGAUGAGUGGACGAGCUUACAUCUACAACGUAAAUGCGCCACCCACCUCGAGAUAUAAGUUCUAAGGUCUCAGUAUAGUUGAGCUGGGCUGCCCCACCCUUCAAACCGAAACGCAUUACUCCUUCACGGCAGAAAUAGGCGGGGUGGUGAUACCUACCCGUGCGGACUCACAAGAGGUCCUACCACCAGUAAAUAGCAUAGCACAGCUUGUUCGUGUACAAUGAUCAUUUUCUCUCACGCCAACUAGUUCAACAUACUGGCGUGACACGAUAACCUUAUCGUGGCCGCUAAUUACAUAUUCGACCCAGUCGACAGGGCAACGUAAAGCCCUCCUUUUUUUUAUUACCCUUGUAAGCAGACGAGCAUACGGCCCAUCUGAUGGUGAGUAGUUACCGUCGCCCAUGGACUUCAGCAAUGAGAGGGGCAGAGCCAAGCUGCUGUCUACCGCUUAAUACUCUCCACAACCCUCGUUGCCCGAAACAUGUUUAAGCGAAUCCCCCCGAUGCACUCUCGGUGCUUUUAGGCUCUUCAAACACUGGUCACCAUCCUCGUCAAACUCAAUUACGAGUUCCACGAGGACGACCGAUGCGAGAGAGAGAUCUGUCACGAUUCCGAUCCGGUGGUAGGCUCUGCAAGACGCUGCUCUUGGUAUGGAUAGUGUUUGAAAAUUCUCUCAGGUUGAGCCGGUAACCUCACCUACCCAUCCGCGCCUAGCUGAAAUAAUCUCAAGCUACCAGCGAAUAGGUAGGGGGAAAGGAAAGGAAGGAAAAGAGGAUUACUGAUAUAAACUUCCGUAGAAAUAUAGAAAAAAUAUGUGUCCAGUUAACUGGUGAACUGUGUAAAAGGACACAGUGUGUAAUGGAAUAGUUCUUAAAAAUGUACAUAGCAAAUAGGUAGUGUUAGCUCCUUAAAAAUAUGAAGCAGCGCCAGAACGCUAUUUCGCGCCAGCGACGUGUUACGAUAGUCGAUAACCUUCUCAUCAUGGCCGCAGCUUACACAACAGCUAGGCGCUAUUGAAUCCAUAGACAGUUUCAUAUGGGUCUGCUUGAUUGUAUUUUUGAACGAUUCUACUUCUAAUGCAAGCAGCAGCUAUAGUGCAAUGUGCUUAAUGAGAGUUUUUUAACGUUCUCGAUAGCGUAAAAGUUAUAUCAAAUUUGUAGGUAUGCUGUUGGAACAGCGCCCCUAGCGGCAAACGCUCUAACUUCAUCGAAAACGUUAAAAACUCGCACUAAGCACACAGGCCACUGUACUCGUGCCAAUUGAAGAGUUGAACGUGAUAUAGCUUAAAAGCCCGCUGAGUUCCUCGCCGGAUCAUUUCAGCGAGUCGCGUUUCCGAUCUUGUUGUAGAUGCACUCGCGAAGGAACUGGCCUUGAACUGAAAGUGUCGUUUAGAGGCACUCGAGAAAUUGUUAGCAAACUCAACCCAAAAUAGUGUUUGUUCAGGUGUCCUAAUGAAGCUUGAUAGGUCGCCGGACCGCCAGUCUGUCUUAAAAAAACUGUUUGUCUAACGCUGCAACAUUUUUAAUUGCGGACCAUUGUUUGCAAUGUAACACAAUUCAAAAAGGUAAGGCAGUUUGAACGGUCGAGAGGAGUUGCGGGAGCUUAUUUUAAGCUGUACAAACAAUACUUUUCAAAAAUUUGACUAAAUCCAUCGUAAACCUGUUAUAUGUUCAUACUGUUUGUUUUUGAAGCGACCGAAUGAGCGAUCCGUUCAGUUUCUGUUACGAGUUUGUGAGGUAUGCGAGCUGUACCCAUACGAUAAAUGCCGAAUAACCAAUACUUGCCGGAACAGAUCAUAGAUACUAGACCAGACCGACUUUUUUAUGAUUGAAGGAUUACUGGUGGCCCGGAGGCCUUUCCAGUUUCACCAGGACAGGUGGGCGAGCAAAGGCUCAGCCAAGAGGGGUGGGAUUUGGUAACAGCUACCCGAGCGCCUCCGAAGGAGACCUAACAGCUCAAGAGUAGCUGCUUCGCGAAUGAAUCUACUACCGGAUCGGAAUCGCGACCCGCUGAGAAGAUCCGGCGAGAAACUCAGCGAGCUGAUUCAUGGGUUAGGUUGCACGGCGAACACUUUGUCGAGUUCGACGAGUACGGUUACCAAGGUCCCUAAGCCUGCUCCUAGUGUUAGAGCUGAAGGCGUCUAAUGCAAAGGUUAUUGGAUCUGAUGGAUCCGUAAGGACGUGUGCCAGACCGACUUGCUUCGCGCACUGAAUUAUGGUUUGGCUCCCAGGCUAAAUGUCAUUGUCAUUGACUUAUUUCAUGACCAUCUCUACUAAUCUGUGCUCUAUGACGUGUUUCCGUUAAAAAAAUCAACAAAACCAACGGACGUUUUGGCUUGAUUGAUUUUUUUGUGGAAACUGGUGAAAAUGUAUUGAUAGUAUUUUUUAUACAACAACCGUAGAACGUAGUGAUUAGAUUUUUUAAUACGUAGAUUUAUUAGCGUAUUAAUAUAUAAAAUGAAGGAUCCAUUCGUGAAAGACAGUAUCGAUUCGCCGGCUCACGGUAGUCUAAGAAAUGUCGAGGGAUGUUACAAUAAAAAUAUAUUUAAGAACGCUUCGUUCGUCAAUUCACGUCGUGCCUUGCAGUCGGGAGCGGAUAAAAUAACCAGGACAUUUCGUAGCGUCAGAAAUACCUUUGGGAAUUUGUCACAGCAUCUCCGCUUUGGUGGAAGACGUCGUCAUCGACUAGCGGAGGCAGGGUCUCCUUGUCGAACGCCAUCCACGCCAGUUAUGAAGAAAAAACAGUUACUUGGAAGAAGUCCCACGAAACUGUAUAGUCCAUUUGGUAUAGAAACACCACAAGGACGAGAAUUUAGGAUGUCGCCGUAUAUGCCUGACACACCAGAUCACGGAUUAUCACCAAAACGUCGUAAAGGUUUGACACACUCAUGGCACAUUCUAGCCAAGAAGAGGCCACGAGCGUUGUUCCAAUGAACCAUCCGUUUGUAAACUACCUGCACAAUUUGCAUUCCCACCGCUUAUGUAAGACUGCCUUUUUCGUAGUAUAAUCUUAACGUACGCUAAAUAAUUGUUAUUCGAAUUUCGGUAAAGAUUACAAAACAAAUUGUGAGUAAAUUUUUUUUUAAUGAAAUUAAUUGUAUAUUUUUUUAAUGAUUUUAACAUCAUUGUAAUUUAAAGAUGGCGGCUGGGCAAAUAUUAUAGGCCAAUCACUGGCUGGCAUUCGAGUGUGCCUGUCUUUAAGUUAAAACCAUGCACUGUGUAGAUUUAACUGGCGAUUAAUCACUGGUGUUUAAACGUAAUGUACCAUAGCAUCAUCGAUACAAAUGUUCACAAACGCCAUACGUGCUCACUAGCUACUUAUAUUACGUUAUAAAACAUGUAUGUCAGUCGCCAAUCACUUGGAGAGAGAGUCAGAUCGUUUAAGACACCAAGCUCGUCACCUAAUAUCUAUCAGAUUAAGUAGAGUUCGUUUGUUUUGUCAUUUAACAAUUCAAGAUAAUGCAUCACACCAAAAUGUUUGUAUUACAUCCUGUAAAAUUUGAUGAGGGUGAAUGAAAUAUAUCUCAACUAGCGACCCACCCUCCCUUCGCUUCGGAAACUUUAAUUUAUUAUUGAUUUCUCCACUAUUGAAUGGAUGUUAUAUACAUAUAAACCUUCCUCUUCAAUCACUCUAUCUAUUAAAAAAACCGCAUCAAAAUCCGUUGCGUAGUUUAAAAGAUUUAAGCAUACAUAGGGGCAGAGAAAGCGACUUUGUUUUGUUUUCUACUAUGUAGUGAUACUACAAUUGUCAUCACAAGUGUAGCUGGAAAUAGAUCUUUGUUUCAUAGUUGAUAAGUUUCAUAAGUGGUCUUUACCGAAAUAAUAAUUUGCUAAGUGUGAAAUGAGUUCAAUAUUCACUAUAUUUUGGUUACAUUUUGUACCCAAAAAAAAAAUGAGAGGCUUGUUGGUCAUUUUGACAUUUAAUAAUUUUCAUUGAUCUGCAAACUGAAUGUUAGCUUUAAAUAUAUUAUUAUUUAACAAAACGCAAGUUAUGUUAAUACUAGAAAUUGAUAAUCUUGCUGGUGAUAACAGUUAUUCGAGAUGUUUGUUGGCUACCUGAUGCAGUUUAUAAAAAAAAACCAGCAAAACAGCUCUGAACUCUGUGUUGGCAACGCCUUACUUUUAUAUUGUUAUUUAGGCAAUCCCUAAAAUAUCAAUGAUUCAUGAUUCUUCUGAUUUCAAGCACAAAACUUUUUUUGCAUUUGCAACAUUUUGUUGUCUAUAAAGUGUUUUUUCUUUUAAAUUAAUGUUACGUGAAAUUCAUGGUGAUAACCUAAGAAAAAUGUACUUAAAUUCAGUAUUAAAAAUGCCAAAAAAAAAACUCGCUGAAGUAUUAUUGGAAUGUUUAGAACGUUGGUUGAUUAGGUUAAGGUCAUAUACUUUUUAUUCAAUACAGAACAGUGGAGUUAAAUGGUAUGUAAUACUAUACCUGUGGACUAGGAUAUUCAUGAGAUAAUCUCAAUCUGAAACUGUACUUCAGAAGAUAUCACAAAAAUUAUGCUUUGAAACAAAAAAUACUAAAGUUAUAUCACCAUUUGACUCCAUAUAUUCGUAAAUAAAAAAAAUACGCUUUGCUGUGACAAUAUGUAGUUGGCUAAUUAAUGUACUUAAUUAAUAUAUAAAUAUAUAUUAUAAGGAAUUUUUACACCACGAAUACUAUAAUUUGUUUUAUUUCAGUAAAAUUUUAAUCAUAGUUACUAGUUAUGUGAAUUUUUUAUGAGCCUCAGCUAAAACUGGUAUUUGAAUACCAACAAGACAUAAGGUUGACAAAGUGUCAGAUCUUCGAAAUCGCAUGACCAAAAAAAUAAUGUGUUAAAAUUUUCUGAUAAACAAAAUUGAAAGCGUACCUAAUUGAGUUUACAUACAGCAUGAUGAAUUUAAACGGUACGUAUAUUUAAUCGUGGGCCAGCGUUUCGUAGUUUUGUAAUGCAAAAGAUGGGCAGUAUCAAAAAGAAAAUCGAUAUUUUUGUCGUAUCGAUAUUUCGAAUCGUUUACUUUUGUAUGGAAACGAUUACUUGAAUCGAUACUUUUAUACUAUUCUACUCGUUAGCACAAAUAAAAUACAAUAAUGGAGGGUAGAGGUAAUGACAACCGUCUCUGUGUGUGAAAAGUGUCCGUUCAAAUCUGAUAAAAAAGGGUGGCGCUACAGUAGCUACCGGGUAAAUUUAAAAAAAGAAAUAAAAAAGGAGGAACUACAAAAUCAUAAAAAGUAUUUAUUUAAAACUGAUAAGAAAAUGCAAUCGAUGUCUUCACGUUUCAGCACAGCAAUAAUUUUAGGUUAUAUUGACGAAAUUAGUUUGGACUACGUAAACAUGUGAGGUCUUUUAUAUUACGCUGUCACUAACUACUCUAGUCAUUAAAUAUAUUAAGUUUCCUAACUCAGCGUACUUCAAUCAGUUAACAACUGCUCAAUUCAUAUUAUACCCUGUGCCUAUACUAGCGUAAUUCUGGAGGAUUUUUGAACUGUUAUUUAGUGCUGAAAGUGGGACACUUUUUCAAGCUUCUCCCAUAUGAGUUUCUCAUCUUCUCAUCAUUCUCCUUACCUCUACCCUCCAUAAAUACAAUAUAGUUUCGACACCCCUAUUAUCUUUAAUGAGUGUCAUCCACAAAGCUCACAGCUGACAACAAUGUGUUAGCAAUGUCUUUGAUGUUGUCAAUGACAGGACGCCGAAAGUUGAAAACCGUUCGUCUCUCAGCAUAUUAAAAUAAUGUUUUUCUUCAUACAAUUUUACAUUCCACUUAAUAUUUGAAUCGUUUAGAUUAUUUCGAACAAAAUUAAUGUAAUGUAUGAUAUUAUUAUGUGUAUUAAUGUCUAUAUUACAACUAGUUUCAACUUAUGUUGCAGAACUGCUAAUGUGCGCUUAAACAUCGUCUGAUUGAAAUAUGAAUAAAUGUUUCUUUUUUUGUAAUAA